AUGGAGGUCACGAAAGCGGAAGCUGCCCCAAGCAGUCACGAAGAGCUUGAUGGCGGAGGCAGGAGCGAAGAAAAGGUCGUUAAGCCGUCCGGACCUUACAUAAUCGGCUUGAUCUGGAAUCAAGAUGCGCCAAGGACACUAAGAUCCAGGAUCGAUGACGCCAUGCCGCCUCGGACUGUUCGAUGGGCUUCGCUGCUUGAAUCUGAUUACUAUGCAGGUUCAGACGACAUCUUCUCUGUCGAUACCGUUGCCAAGCUGAAGGCCCCCAAGUCAUCAACCGCACUUUCCACCAUCCUGAUUGCCCUACUCAGCGCCACCAUACUCAUGGCCUUCAACCCAUCCAGCAUGCCCUCCUUCCUGUCUCGUUUCCUCCGACCCUUCACAAGCUCGACCUCUCUCUCCUACCAUCCGGAGUCCCUUUCCGCACAAACAUUCCCCGAGAACACGCAAAAAGCCACCCUGGCAGCCGGCUGCUUCUGGGGCGUUGAGCACCUCUUCCGCAAGAAGUUCGGUAACGGAAACGGCCUCCUAGAUGCUCGUGUCGGCUACACGGGCGGGGAGGCGAAAGCGCCAUCCUACCGCAGCGUCUGCUCCGGCACCACGGGCCAUGCUGAGAGCCUGUUGAUCAUGUUCGACCCAGACAAGGUCUCGUACCGAAAGCUGCUGGAGUUCUUCUUCAACAUGCACGAUCCGACCACUUUGAACCGGCAAGGCGGCGAUAUGGGGACGCAGUAUCGAUCUGCCAUCUUUGCGAACAGCGAGGAGCAAUUGAAGAUCGCGCAGGAUGUGAAGGAAAAGGUGGGCAAGUAUUGGUGGACAGAGCGCCCGGUGACGACGGAAGUGAAGAUGGCGGGCCCCUGGUAUGAUGCUGAGGACUAUCAUCAACUCUACUUGGACCAUAACCCGGGCGGCUACGAGUGUCCAGCACACAAGAAUUAUGAAAAGGACAAAAUACCGUUGCCUGAAUGA